AUGACCAUUAAGCUGAAAUCCGACAAAAUAGCAUGGACGUACACGGCAGUGGCUAUCGUUUGGAAUCUUGCGAUAGUGGCCGCUUUGUCGUUCCUCUGGACUCGUCGCUCACUGCCUUCCCUUCGGAUGCGGAGACUGGGGCUUCUGUUCGCCGGAAUUCUAUCACUGCACACGUACGGAAAUUUUGUGCUAUUCCUCUAUAUGAUGGGUUCAGGCUUUCCUUGUAAUGCCGAGUUCUGGAUUAUGAGCAUUUAUCUACCCGUCGGCAUAGCACUGUUCCACGCUUCCAAUUCUCAAUUUUUAGAUCUUGCUAGCCGCCAAAAGCAACUCGCGCAUUUGUCCUUGAAAGAGCAAGAUGUGAUGACCGAGAAGGCACAUACUUCCCGUAGCCGAUGGAGGAAAAUCAUUUCUGGUGCGGAGCGACCUGACAGCCUCGAGCGUACUUUGAUCUACAUUGGCAUCGGACUAACGGCGCAGUUUGCUGUAACUCUGUUUGUCUUUCUAGGUUCAAGGAAAUUCCAGUCCUUUGGUUUCUUCGACUACACCGUCGCUGGGACGGACGUGGAACAGCGUGAGAUGUGUAGCAAAGGGUGGGAAUGGUGGCUAUCGAUCGUCUGGCAAUUUUUCUGGUCCUGGAUUUACGCGCCAUACUGCCUUUGGAAGUCAAGAAAUAUCAGUGAUGUUCACCAUUGGCGCAUUCAGACGAUUUGUUGCUGCAUUGCUGGGCUUCCCGCAUCCCCACUCUGGCUAGCAGCUCUCUACAUUCCCGCGUUCAAACCUGUGAAUGCGGUACUUCCUCCCCCGGUUUGGUUCUCGAUAUGCUUCUUUUUGAUGGAGCUUUCUGCCAUUGGAUUUCCAAUUGCCGAUAUCAUAAAAGACAAUUCUCUUCGCCAAGAGACUCUGGAUGCCAUCGCCAAAUGGGAAGCCCGACAAACAGUCAAUAAGCUUCAUUCUGGUGCUCCUGAAUGGUCUUCCUCUUCUCCAGCCUCAUCCGCAACUGCUGUCAAUUUAAAUGGCAGAAAUAGUCUCAAGUUGGUCUCUUUCGAAUCGCAGAAGUCUGAUAUGUUGACGAUGAAUGCAUUGGAAAACGCAUUGCGGACCAACGCUGUUCCACUUCUGCGAUUCGCAUGCCUGAAGGAUUUUAGCGGCGAGAAUGUGAGCUUCCUCAUAAAUCUCGCAGACUGGCGAGGCUUCUGGUUUUCCUCCAAGCUCCCAAAGGCCCAGCACCAGCGCGACCAAUUCAUCGCCGCCACUCGUAUUUUCGCUCACUUCGUCUCUGAUUCCGCCGAGUUUCCCAUUAAUAUCUCUUCCAAAGAAAAGAAGCGACUGCAAAACGUCUUCGAAAACGCAGCCAACUUGUUGUAUCGCCACCAACGGGGAUCCAUAACUUCGGUUACUUCCGACAAUGCUACGCCGUUCGAUGACAUGAGUCCAUCCGAUCGAAAAAACUCAUUCAGUUCUACGGCUGAACUACAAAAUUGCGUGAACCUCGAUGCACUAGGUCGCGCGAAUUACAGAGCUGUAACACGUAUGCAGGAGCCGCAUAUUGAUGAAUUACUCUCUGAUCUUGAAGUUCCCGAAGCAUUCGAAGAGUCUAUAUUUGACGCGGCGGAGAGCGAGAUCAAGUAUCUUGUGCUCACGAACACGUGGCCAAAAUUUGUCAAUUUUGGACAUGCUAGCAGCCAGAUGAGCAAAGAUGAAAAUGCAGAAAGAGGAACGUGGGUGAAGAAGAUAUUGUGCUCCCUUUGA